CACACCCCCCUAUCCCAUCGAGGGUGGACUGCUCCUCGGAGGAACAUCAGGCGUUUCCAGGAUCUGCCAAGUGGUAGACAGACAUACAGAGAGAGAGAGCGCACUGCACUGGCCAAGUUCAGACAAGUAAAGUGAGGAAGCAGCUCCCCGUGCUGUGAUAUUUACAAACAUACAGCAAAGCGGGGGGGAAAAAAAACAACAAACAUACACACAGACAGAGAGAAGGCAAUUAAAACAUCCAAGGACGAGGAAAUGUUGCAGCAGAAGCAAAUGGAUUUAAUUCCGAUGAUUUUAGCUUUCAUGAUCUCUGCAAAACCAGUCUUAGGGUUUGGAAUGGACCCUGACUUGCAAAUAGAUGUCACCACAGAACUGGAGCUAGAUAAUGCAAGGACGGGAGUUGCUCAGGUACCAGGAUUAUAUAAUAACAGCAGAGCGUAUUUGUUUCAAGAUGUGGAGAGACAGAUACAGGCGGCUCCACACGUUGCGGAGAAAGUGAUUCAGCUGCUUAGAAAUAAAAGCGAGUUCACAAUUGUAGCCACGGUCCAACAAAACAUUUUGACCUCUGGGGUCAUCCUGUCCAUCCAUGAGUCUGAUCUCAGGUAUUUUGAACUGGAGAGCAGCGGUCAAAGGGAUGAGAUACGAUAUCACUACCGUUUCAGUGGUAAACCCCGGACUGAGGUGUUCCCAUAUCGACUUGCUGAUGGAUUGUGGCAUCAGAUAGCGCUCUCGGUCAGCGCUUCCCAUCUCUUGUUACACGUGGACUGCAACAAGAUUUAUGAACGUAUCAUUGAUCCUCCGCAGACCAAUCUCAAACCAGGAAUCAGUUUAUGGCUUGGUCAACGAAGCAAUAGACAUGGACUAUUUAAGGGCAUUUUGCAAGAUGUCAAAAUCAUCUUGAUGCCUAAUGGAUAUAUAACACAGUGCCCAAAUCUUAAUCGCAGAGCAUGCCCAACGUGCAGUGACUUCCUUAACCUGGUGCAAGGCAUCAUGGACCUCCAGGAGCUUCUUGCAAAAAUGACGACAAAAUUAAACUACGCGGAAGCCAGGCUGAGUGAGCUGGAGAGCUGUUACUGUGAGAAGACAUGUCAGGUGAACAGGGAGGUGUACCGCAGCAUGGAAUCAUGGGUUGAAAAGUGCAAAAACUGCACCUGCAAGAAUGGAACCAUUGAAUGCAGACACGUCACGUGUCCCCCUUUAAACUGCCCACCAGAUUUUCGGCCAGUGUACAGAGUAGGCAAAUGCUGCAAAGAAUGUCGACGACAUCAAAGGAAAAUAUAUAUACAAAAUAACUAGGAUUCUACCGUAAAGAGAGACCCUUUGAGAUUCUUCACUGAAACACAGCCUUCUGGUGGAAGGAGCAUCAUUAUCCGUAUUGUGCUGGAGAUGGUGGAAGAAAUUCUUUUUCCUGGACUCUUUGAUCUGAAGAAAGCCUGACGCUCGAAGAAGAAUGAAAUGAAUCCCUUGCAGACUCUUUCUAGGUCUUUUAUAUAAAUUCAUUGUACUUUGUGAGAUCUUUUGCUUCUGUAAUUUGUUUUGUGUGAAUAAAUUCAAGCUAUAGCUUUAGCCUGUA